AUGAAUGUUCUAGUAUAUUCUGGCCCCGGCACUACAACCGAAGGUGUAAAACAUUGUUUGGAGACAUUGCGACUCCAUUUGGCGUCGUAUUACGCUGUCCUUCCUGUUAACGAGACGGUGUUGUUGAAUGAGCCAUGGAUGAGGAAAACGUCUUUGUUAGUUAUACCAGGAGGGGCGGAUUUGCCGUACUGCAAAGUGCUUGAUGGGAAAGGCACCACCAAAAUUUCGAAAUAUGUCAAGCAAGGAGGGAGAUUUUUAGGGUUUUGUGCUGGUGGGUAUUUUGGGGCUGCCCGAUGUGAGUUUGAGGUUGGCAGUCCAACGAUGGAGGUGACUGGACCACGAGAACUUGGGUUUUUCCCUGGAACGGCCAAAGGGUGUGCAUUCAAAGGUUUCAAGUAUGAGCUGCGUGCUGGUGCAAGAGCGGUGAAGUUGAUGGUCAAUACUGCUGCGUUGCCUGGGUGUCCCAACCAUGUUUACAACUAUUACGAUGGUGGGGCUGUUUUUAUCAAUGCUGAGAAGUAUAAAGACGUCGAAAUCUUGGCACGGUACGAGGACAAAACUGAUGUUGAGGAUGCAGAGAAGGCUGCUGUUGUGUACAGAAAGGUCGGUAAGGGGCACGUUAUUUUGAGUGGCACUCACCCUGAGUUCGCCUCUCACUUGUUGGAUCCGCGAGAUGAAGAUGGUUCUGGGUAUGCCUCGGUGGUUGAAACACUCAAGGAACACGAACACAACAAGAAAGUAUUUAUGAGGGAUUGCUUGAAAAAAUUGGGGUUGCGAGUUGCCGAGAGUGUUGAUACAGCCAUUCCGAGGGUUACGCCGAUGUAUGUUGUGUCUCCGUUUAAGGACAAGGUGAGGGAUAUGUACCUGAAUUUGACCAGCAAAUUGGAACUUGGUGAUGAGCCGUUUCAGGAUAACAACGAUAUUUUUUAUUUUGCUGACGAAACCCAGGAGGCCGGUGAGUAUGUUGGUAAAGCCAAGUAUAUCAACUUCCUAACUCUGGCCGGUAUACCAGACCUGAAAAUGGUCCCCUAUUUUAAUAUCCAGAAGUAUUUUGAUAAUUUGCAGGUAUUGUCGGGGGGAGGCGAGAUCAAGUUUGGCGGGAUUUUGGGUUACGCUGAGGUUAUCACGUCUACCAACACGAUAAUGGAUAAGAAUCCGCAAUGGUUGGAGCAUCUUCCGAAUGGGUUCACCAUUACUGCAACCACGCAAAUUGCUGGUCGAGGUCGUGGGGGUAAUGUGUGGGUCAACCCUAGAGGUGUUCUUGCUACGUCGGUGCUUUUCAAGGUGCCACCUUCGCCCUCGUCCUCGUCAACGGUGGUUACGUUGCAGUAUUUAUGUGGGUUGGCGUUAAUUGAGUCGAUCUUGGGCUAUGGAAGCCAUGUUUCCGGACAAGGAGUUGGGUAUGAGGAUAUGCCAUUGAGACUAAAAUGGCCCAACGAUAUUUUUAUUAUGAAGCCCGAGUAUUUCAAGUCGUUGGACGCCAAGAAUGAUAUAAGUGCAACUGUUGAUGGUGUCGAUGAGAAGUUUGUUAAGGUUUCGGGAGCGUUGAUCAACUCGCAGUUUAUCAACAAAACCUUCUACUUGGUAUGGGGAGGCGGGGUUAAUGUAUCGAACCCAGCACCCACAACGUCGUUAAACUUGGUUUUAGAGAAGUUGAAUGAGAUCAGACGUGAAAAGGGGUUGUCACCAUUGCCGCCAUACGAGCCAGAGGUGUUACUUGCAAAGCUUAUGUUUACCAUUGACCAGUUUUAUUCUGUGUUUGAAAAGUCAGGAUUGCAGCCGUUUUUGCCUUUAUAUUAUAAGCGGUGGUUCCAUACUAACCAGAAAGUAGAGGUUGAUAAUGGUAGCGGGAAACAAAGAACGUGUAUUAUUAAGGGUAUCACCCCAGAUUAUGGAUUGCUUAUUGCUGAAGAUGUAGAGACGCACAAAGUGUUGCAUUUACAACCUGAUGGAAAUUCGUUUGACAUAUUUAGAGGUUUAGUAUAUAAGAAGAAUUAA